AGUCAACUGCAACUCCUUUUCCCUAACCUUUCCCCCCCGCGAAAGGUUAUGACUCUGUAACUGUGCCCUUGUUGAUAAUUUUCUCAAUAUUUAUAAUAGUUCUUUAAUAAGUUAAUUUGAUUUACAGUGGUGAUCUGAUAGAUUUAAGAAAUGGCCCCUUCAGCCUCCUCCGUCCCUAGAGGGAAAGAGAACGAACAACCUGUUGGAAUAAAAGCAGUUUUAUUGGGACCACCGGGAUCGGGAAAAGGGACUCAAGCUCCACUGCUCAAAGACAAAUUUUGUGUCUGCCAUUUAUCAACAGGGGAUAUGUUAAGAGCUGAAGUUGCGUCUGGUUCUGAACUGGGGAAAAAACUGAAGAAGGUUAUGGAUGAAGGCAAGUUGGUGAGUGAUGAUCUGGUGGUUAGUUUGAUUGACAGCCACCUAGACAGGCCCGAGUGUGAGAAUGGAUUCCUACUCGAUGGGUUUCCUCGUACUGUACCUCAAGCUGAAAAGCUGGAUGAGUUACUGGCUCGUCGCAAGUCUGCGCUGGAGGCUGUCGUAGAGUUCAGCAUCGCAGAUAGUCUUCUAGUCCGAAGGAUCACCGGAAGACUCAUCCAUCCAUCCAGCGGGCGGUCGUACCACGAGGAGUUCCAUCCUCCCAAGAAACCCAUGACUGACGAUGUUACUGGUGAACCGCUCAUUCGUCGGUCAGAUGAUAAUGUUGAAGCUUUGAAAAAAAGAUUAGAAGCAUAUCAUAAGCAAACUAAACCUCUAGUGAGCUAUUACAAUCAGAAAGGUCUUCAUCACAAAGUGGAUGCUUCACUACCAGCAAGCCAAGUGUUCAAAUACAUAGAAAAUAUAUUUUACAAAUGCGCUUCCACGAAAACUAAGGAUAGAGUGGUGUUUGUGUGAUAGUGUAAAUUAUAGUUUUGGAAAGUCAAUACAGGUAAAGGAAUAUAGAUCUAAAAUAAAUGUUGGCAAAUCAUAUCAUACAA